AUGACCCCUAAUUUAAGACAAAUCUUUGCGUUUAACAAAAUGAAUGAACAUUUUAAAGAAUCCUGUCACGUGUUUAUGCUUAACGAAAUUAAUGACCUUAACGCUUCAAUUUUAAAUCGUUCUUACGAAAUAAAUGACUGUGAUACUUUAAUCUUAAAAAACGAGACCAUCAAAGUGAGAAAACGAACACCAAGGCAAGACAAAGUUAAUAGAGUUCCUAGACCUCCAAAUGCUUUUAUUCUAUAUAGAAAAGACAAACAAUUUGACGUUAUGACACAAAAUAAAAAUCUAACAAAUGCUCAAGUAUCCAAGCCAAAAAAACGUACAAAAGACACUAGUAAAAAUUCAUCGAAAAUGAUUAGUGCAAAGACUUUAUCGACUCUUUCGCCUCCUCGCGAAGAAUCUAUUAUCAACCAAAUUCCGUAUCAAACUUAUAGUAAUGAUAUUUCUUAUUUUAAUGAUAUACCCACGUAUUUUAAUGAAUUAUAUUACACUUUAGAGUUACCGUUAAAUAAUUUAGAUAUGAUCUACUACAUGAUACUCUAA